GGUGUGAUUAAAGCAGGUUUUGCAGGGGAUCAAAUACCGAAGUACUGUUUUCCAAACUAUGUGGGCAGACCAAAGCACGUGCGUGUUAUGGCUGGUGCUUUAGAAGGAGACAUUUUCAUCGGGCCAAAAGCAGAGGAGCACAGAGGCCUCCUCUCGAUCAGAUACCCCAUGGAGCAUGGCAUCGUGAAGGACUGGAAUGACAUGGAGCGCAUUUGGCAGUACGUGUAUUCAAAAGACCAGCUUCAGACCUUCUCGGAGGAGCAUCCUGUGCUCCUGACGGAGGCUCCCCUGAACCCCCGCAAGAAUCGAGAGCGAGCUGCUGAGGUUUUCUUUGAGACCUUCAACGUCCCGGCGCUGUUCAUCUCCAUGCAAGCUGUGCUCAGCCUCUACGCGACGGGCAGAACCACGGGGGUGGUGCUGGACUCCGGGGAUGGCGUGACUCACGCCGUCCCUAUUUACGAGGGCUUCGCCAUGCCUCACUCCAUCAUGAGGAUCGACAUCGCCGGCCGCGACGUCUCCCGCUUCCUUCGCCUCUAUCUCCGGAAAGAAGGCUACGACUUCCACACCACGUCAGAGUUCGAGAUCGUCAAGACCAUCAAAGAGCGUGCCUGUUACCUGUCAAUAAACCCGCAGAAGGACGAGACGUUGGAGACCGAGAAAGCCCAGUACUACCUGCCAGAUGGAAGCACUAUUGAGAUUGGCCCGGCCCGUUUCCGAGCCCCGGAGCUGCUGUUCCGGCCGGACCUGAUCGGAGAGGAAUGCGAAGGGCUCCACGAGGUGCUGGUCUUUGCCAUUCAGAAAUCUGACAUGGACCUGAGGCGAACGCUCUUCUCCAACAUCGUGCUGUCUGGCGGCUCCACGCUCUUCAAAGGUUUCGGCGACAGGCUCUUGAGCGAAGUGAAGAAGCUGGCCCCCAAGGACGUCAAAAUAAGGAUAUCCGCUCCUCAGGAGAGGCUAUAUUCCACGUGGAUCGGGGGCUCCAUCCUGGCCUCACUGGACACCUUCAAGAAAAUGUGGGUUUCAAAGAAGGAGUACGAAGAAGAUGGAGCCCGCGCCAUCCACCGGAAAACCUUCUAGCCCUGGGCUGCGUCCUGGGUCUCUUCAGAGACUCGCUCCACUUCUAAACUCGCUUUUCUGAGUCCGGGUGUCUGUGAGGAGCUGCCUCUGUGUGUGCGUGUGCGCCAGCAUGCCCCAAAUGUCACUGAGCAAGGAGGGGAGGAACAGGAGGACAUGAGGAUGAUCAUUAUUGUUGUUACUUUAGCGGGGGGACAUUGGCCUGAACUUCUCCAGAACAACCCAUUCCUUUUUUCUUUUCUUUCUCACCUCUAAUUUCCAUACUGUGGCCACAGCCCUUGCUCUAGAGAAAGGGAAUAGCUUAAUGAACUCGCCAGGAGGGAGCUGACCGCUGCCGACCACCCAGUGGGACGCUAGCUGGGGAGCCCUACCCCCCCCCCUGGAGCAUCUGAGCCCUGGGAAUCCAUAGCAGAGCCCCCUUAGGUCCCGGCUGUGGGUCAGCA